ACAGUGUGUGUUUGUUCGAGCAAUCGUGAAUUUCGAGCUAAAAAAAAAUGUAUUUUUGAUAUCACAAUCUAUAUUUAAAAAAUAAUAUAUAAAAUAAAUUAUUUAAACAUUUAUUAAAACAAAAGAACAAUGCAAAAGUAAUUUAAAUCGUUUUUAUAUAAAUUUUUUUAACCAAUUAAUUAAGUUAUUUUUUGUCAAGUGGAUUAUUUAAUUUUUUUUCCUCAAAAUUAUUGACUGUGGUUUAUAGUGAAUAUAUUUUUUUUCAUGGAUAUUUAAAAUGAAGUGGUUGAUUGUAAUCCUCUGCUUUUAUGCAGGAUUUGCAAGUGGACGAACUGAAGAAGAUCAAACAUUGUCAAUACCACAAAUUGUAAAUCAAACAAUUCUAGCACCAGAUCAAUGUUUUUACAAAACAAAAGAUGAAUGUCCAAAAGUCAUUAAUCCAGAUGAUUGUCCAUGUAAAAGAAUACCAAUUUAUUCACAAGAUUCACCAGAUGAACAAGCUGUUUAUUGUUGUAAUCUUGAUUCAAAAAAUUUUGAAAGUAGUCUUGCUUGUGCCAAUUAUUCAAACCAUGUAUCAUAUUUACACAUUAGAAAUGCAACACUUGAAUCAUUCAAUGUAACUGGUGUAAAAUGGAGAAGACUAAAGUCACUUGCGUUAACAGAUGGUAAAAUAAAACGUAUAAAAGAUCAAUUUUUCAUGAUGACACCAACACAUUGUUUAAAUUUAUCAAACAAUGGACUAUUAGAAAUUGAAAAUAAUUCAUUUACAAGAUUAGCGUUAUUAAAAAGUCUUGAUCUUUCAUAUAACAAUAUAACACAUUUACCAGCAAUUAGUGGACGUGAAUUGUGGAUUGAUAUUUCAGGUACUAAUACAUUGUGGUGUCAUGAUAUUUCUGAAUAUAUUAAUAAAACUGGUGAAAAACAAAUUAAAUUUAACAGAGAAAAUGAAACAGUUUGUUCAGCAAGCAAAACUUGGCAUUGGUUUAAUACAACUGAACGAGUACCAUUAAAACAAGUACAAUAUUUAAGUCGACUUGAAACUGAAUGCCCAAGAGGUUUAAAUUGGCAAUGUCAUUGUAAAUUUCGUCGUAUGGAUAUUGUUGAAGGAAAACAACCAACAUUAGCUGUUGAAGUUGACUGCACUGGUAAUCAAUUAACUGAAUUACCACAAACUCUACCACACCAUACAAUUGCUUUAAAUGUUUCAAACAACAAUAUAACAAUUCUUGAUGAUCUCAGCACAAACCCAACAUACGCUGAUAUGAGAGAAUUUUAUGCAGAUUAUAAUAAUAUUUCAUCGAUAAAUAAAUUAGAAGGUUCAAAAUUUUUAGAAAAUUAUGCUAUUUUGAGUCUUCGUUAUAAUAAAAUAAGCACUCUACCAACUUAUAUUUUAUCACCAACAAUACAAGAAAAUACAAGUUCAUCAGCACGAUCCAUCAAAAUUGGUGGAAAUGAAUUACACUGUGAUUGUAAUACUGCAAAAUUUCUCAAAGUUUGGCUUCAAUCAAGAAUAAUGGAUGCUGAUGAAGUACUAUGUGAAAAUGUUAAAGAAAAAGUUGUUGAACUUGAGCCACUUAAAAUGUGUGUUUAUCCUGGUGAUUGGACUGAUUAUAUUUAUUAUAUUAUUGCUGGUGAAAUUAUAUUACUUGUUAGUUUAAUAACAAAAGUAACAUAUGAUUAUUGGGUAUUUAAAUCAAAAGGAUACUUGCCUUGGCCAGCAAAUAAAAUGCCAAAAUUACCUUGUGAUUGGCUGUGUGAAAUGGAUUAAUUUACGUUAAUUAAAUCAUUUUUUUUUUAUACGUAACUAUUAAUUAAUUUGACUGAUUUUUUUAAAUGUAUACUCUGAUAAAAAAUAAUCAAAAAUUAUUUUAAUAAUAUAAUAGUAUAAAUUUCAUAAAUAAAAUUAAUUUUUUGUUUUUAUUAUUCAAAAUGUGUACAUUUUUUUUUUUUUUCAUCAGCUAAAUUAUAAUUAUAAAAAAAAAUUUAAGAUUUUUCAGUAGAUGAUUUAAUUUUUUUAUCUACUGUUUUUUUAAUUUUUUUUGUUUUUUGAACCGAUUCAUUAGCUGUUUUUGUUUUACGAUUUUUAUCAUUUAAUUUAUUUUUUAGUUUAUUGCUUUUAACUUUAUCUGUUUCACUUUUUUGUUUC